GAAUCCUUCAUGGUGCUAGUGGACGGACCCCGGCAGAAACACACGGAAAAGGAACGCUCUUGAUGCGGAAAAGAAAAUUCUAAUUUCGUUUGCGUUCGAUCCGUUCUGUCGUCCUCCGGCACUCAUAGAAGUCCGGUCCGUGAAGACCAUGUCAGGUUCCGAAUUCCAUCCGGGCCAGUUUGACGAUGCAACGGAAGACGACGUAGCUGACCAGGGACAGCUGAAUAUGGAUAAGCUCAAUCUCAGUCAAGAAGAGUACACAGAUGACGAUGAUGACUAUUAUUCUGAUGAUUUCGAAGAGCGCGAUGAUGUUCGGAAACAGUGUUUCGCUCAAUGCAAUCGUCAGGUGCAUUUCCAAGAUCAACAAAAGGUGAUGGCUGGUAAAUUCCUGUCGAAAGUGAAUCUGGACUCUAUGUGGGUGCCAAAACAAGCAAUGAAUCAUGUGAGCGAGCAACAGAGGAAAUCUGAAAACGACCGGAUACGAAUAAAAGACAAGAUGGAGAGAGCUACAGUCGAACAGGUCUUGGACAAGAGAACCCGCAUGAUCCUCUUCAAACUGCUCAGCAGAGGGGUCCUUGGGGAAAUCAAUGGAUGUAUCUCGACUGGCAAGGAAGCCAACGUCUAUCACGCCUCGACCGGCGAGGAUCACAUGGCCAUAAAAGUUUACAAAACGUCCAUCCUCAUCUUCAAAGACCGCGAUCGCUACGUGAGCGGCGAAUUUCGCUUCCGCGGGGGGUAUUGCUCGGGGAACCCUCGAAAAAUGGUUCGAUUGUGGGCCGAAAAGGAAAUGCGGAAUCUGACGAGGAUUGAACGAUCCGGGAUCCCUUGUCCCAAACCUCGUCUGCUGAGAUCGCAUGUCCUCGUGAUGGAUUUCGUCGGCAAGGAUGGUUGGCCGGCUCCAAAGCUGAAAGACGUCCCUCUGACAGAGUCCAAAGCCAGGGAACUGUACAGAGAUCUGAUCAUUAACAUCAGAAAAAUGUUCCACGAAUGCCGUCUGGUGCACGCCGAUCUCUCGGAAUAUAAUUUGUUGUACCAUGAGGGACAGAUUGUGUUCAUCGACGUUUCUCAGAGCGUCGAGCACGACCAUCCGAACGCAUUAGUCUUCCUGAGGAAGGAUCUGACGAACGUGACAGACUUCUUCUCCCGGUGCGGCGUCGCGACGAUGACCGUCCGGGAGCUCUUCGAUUUCGUCGUGGACCCGUUAAUUUCAGAUGGUGUCGACCAGUACCUUGAACGCAUGGCAGGGCUUGCUGGUGAACGGGGCGUGCUCGACCCAAAAGAUAUCCAGGUGGAAGAGGAAGUUUUCAAGAAUUCCUACAUUCCCCAAAGACUCGACCAAGUCAUCGACUAUGAGCGCGAGGUGGAGAAAUUCCAGCAGGGCGAAGAUCUCCUGUAUAAAACACUCACUGGCUUGAGGAAAGUCGAAGAGAACGAGAGACCGAAAGAUGAUCCACGGAGCUCGAGUGACGACGGCAGCGACGAAGACGACGACGAGGAUAACGAGUUCGUCGGGGAUGAAAAAGAUGAUGACUUCGACGUUGACGAGAAGAAGGUUCGAAAACCUCUCGGCAGACCCAAGGACGAAUCUGUGGAUGAGAAGCGGGAGCGCAAGAAAGCCGUGAAGGACGCAGCCCGGGAAAAGCGAAAAGAUAAAGUGCCUAAGCAUAUCAAGAAACGGAGAGAGAAAGUCGGCAAAUCGAAAAAAUAAAUGAUCUAAGAAUAAUAA